AAGCUUCAUUUUUUUAGACCCACAAACAAACAGUGUAAAUUCAUCUCCAAUCGAUACCCAAUGAAGAAAGCCAAACAUUAUUCUUCUUCUUCUCCAUCGAAGUAUCAAAGAUUUGGAGGUGCUUGACAGAUUCAACAUCGAAUGAUGAAGUAACAAGGUUCAGAUUCAACAUCGGAUGAGGAACAAUCACACACACAUACACAUGCAAAUCGACUUCCUUAUCAAAAGAAAGAAAUAGACUUCUAGAUCUAAAAAAAUCCUGUAGAAAUUGAUUUUUCAACCCUAACAAAACCCUAUCGAAAUUGAUUUUGCUGUCCAACAAAACCCUGUAAAACAGAUUGUAUUUCCACUGUGUGCGUGAAAUUGGGAAGAUGAUGAACAUGUUGUAUUUUUACAGUGUAUUUUAUUCUCACAAAAAUCUCCUAAAGAAAUUUGGUCCCCAGUAAAGCUGCAAGAUUACGACUUCACCCAAGUAAAACUUGAACGAGAUGAGUCUGAAAAUUUUCUGGGUGUUCUUCAAACCCCUUUACCUUUUUGAAGGGUAAGGCUUCCAUGCCUCACCAUAUGCAUCACCGAGACUAAAUCGUGUGUAUCAGAGACUAAUCGAUGGUUUAUCAGUUCCAAUUCGAAAUAUUAUUCAUUAAACAUCACCGAGACAAUGGAAUGGGAUAAAAGGUGCAAGGAAAUACGAUCACCCACUGGGGGUCGAUGAGGGUUCCCCUAUACACGAAAAUCCUCUUCGUACAAAUAAUGAGGAAUCUGAAUCAUCGUCAUCAUCCCUUCCAAGUUCCAACUACUACCAAGUACUACUAGUUCAAGUGCUCUUCUACGGCCGGCCAUCAUUUUCACUCUUCCUUCUGAAAUCUAUCGAUCAACAACAACAACAGAAAGAUCAAAAACUCAAAUGGGUUUCAAUCAAUACACCAAAUUACUCCAAAGUCUCAUCAAUACCUCUCGAUCAAGAACAACAACUUACACUUGUUCUUCGCUAUAUUCUAAUCAAUUGAGAAGAUCAGUGACACCUUCUUCACCUUCUUCUUCCGAUCCGAAAUCAUUUUCAACAAUCUCGAGUUCAUCGUAUCACCUGAACGGUGGACCAUCGUAUAUGCGAGGAGCUGUUUUCUGGGAACCAAAUAAGCCUAUGACUUUUGAAGAUUUUGAAAUGCCUCGCCCUAAAGUCAACGAAGUGCUUAUCAAAACUAAAGCUUGUGGUGUUUGUCAUUCUGAUCUUCAUGUAAUGAAGGGUGAACUCCCAUUUCCAUCACCAUGUGUUGUGGGCCAUGAAAUCACUGGGGAGGUUGUUGAGCAUGGGCCAUUGACUGACACUAAAACAAUCGAAAGGCUUCCUUUGGGAGCUCGUGUUGUGGGUGCAUUUAUUAUGCCUUGUGGUAACUGCUUCUUUUGCACUAAGGGUCAAGAUGAUUUAUGCGAAGCUUUUUUUGCUUAUAAUCGUGCAAAAGGUACACUCUAUGAUGGGGAAACACGUCUUUUUCUCCGUGGAAGUGGAAAACCGGUGUAUAUGUAUAGUAUGGGAGGUCUUGCUGAAUACAGUGUGGUCCCCGCAAAUGCUUUGGCUAUUUUACCUCAUACGUUACCGUAUGCUGAGUCAGCGGUAAUUGGUUGUGCGGUUUUUACCGCCUAUGGUGCCAUGGCUCAUGCCGCCCAAGUCCGCCCUGGUGAUGCGGUUGCUGUGAUUGGUGUUGGUGGUGUAGGAUCAAGUUGUUUACAAAUAGCACGUGCGUUUGGUGCAUCCGAGAUUAUCGCUGUUGAUAUACAAGAUGAUAAACUCGAGAAAGCUAAAAUAUUCGGAGCUACUCAUGUUGUAAAUGCUAAAAAUGAAGAUGCGGUUUCAAGGAUCAAAGAAAUAACGGGAGGAAUGGGUGUUGACACGUGUGUUGAAGCAUUGGGAAAUCCAAAAACAUUUAUGCAAUGUGUACAAAGUGUAAGAGAUGGUGGAAAAGCUGUAAUGAUUGGUCUUACACUCUCGGGAGCCAAAGGUGAAAUAGAUAUAAAUCAUUUGGUUCGUAGACAGAUAAAAGUAAUGGGAUCUUAUGGAGGAAGGGCGAGACAUGAUCUUCCGAAGCUUGUGAAAUUGGCAGAAAGUGGGAUAUUUAAUCUUGAUGCGGCUGUUUCAAGAAAAUGUAAGUUUGAGGAGGCAGGAAAAGCGUAUGAAGAUUUAAAUAAGGGAAGUAUUAUAGGUCGUGCUGUGGUUGAGAUUAUGUAAUUCUGUAAAAAAAAUUAUUACAAUUUGUGACUUUUAAUUUUCUUAACUUUUCUGUUUCCAUGGAUGUUGUAGAGUUUUAGUGUUUGAUAAAACUGAAUCAUUUAGAGGCUUU